ACCUUUAAAAAUCAUAACAUUCCGAUGGAUUUUUCCAAAUUUUCCAUGAAAAAUGACUGAAAACAAGAUUUGUCGCCUUUGUUUAGGUGAAAAUUCAGAACCGCCCGAGAUGACAGACAAAAUAAAGUUUCUUGUAAGGAAAUAUUUUCACAUUCAGAUCACAUGCGAAGAUAAAACUCCUCAAAAAAUUUGCCGAAAUUGCUCACAAACACUUUUGGACUUUAAUUCAUUCGAAACUUCAGUAUUUUUGAAGCAAGAAACGCUUUCGAAAUUCCUUCCAAAGCCAUCAAACGAGCUAAAAGGCAUCCGAAUCCCGGAAAAUUUGGAAAGUCUCGUCCGAGAACUGGAAAUCGACACAGAAUUAGUCGAAUUUGACACGAAUCCCUUCGUAACGGAAGAAAUUUCACCGAAAAUCGUGACAGAAACUGAUGAAGAUGAUGCCGAAAUUGUCACAGUUUACCCGAAAUACUGUUGUCGCACGUGCGGACGUCAAUUCCUGAACCAAGAUGACUUCGAAGUGCAUUUAUAUUAUCACAUGUCACCGCCGCGACACGAAACUGACGAUGAAUUUGUGUGUGAAAUUUGUUUCAAGGCCUUUAGUAGUUAUUUUUCGCUCGAAACGCAUGUCAAAGGACACGAAUUUGAUCCGAAAACAUGCAAAAUUUGCGAAAAAAGCUUCGAUAAUCAACUGAAACUCGACGGACACCUGAGAAAUUGUCAUAAUCCGUUGAUUUUUUUGCGAUGUGAUGCCUGUGGGAGACUUUGCAAGAACGAAAAAGCGUUAAAUUUGCAUCGGUAUUUGAUGCAUGACCCAAAAAGGCAUCAAGAAACGGUAAAAUGUGACAUUUGUAACGUUACUUUGUCAUAUCAUCGAGGCUUGGAGCAUCAUAAUCGAACGUGUCAUCCGGAAUUGGGGAAAAAAUCGAUGGGAAAGUACAAAUGUGGUUCGUGUGACGAGAAAUUUAAAGCUAUCGACGAAUUUUGGACGCAUCGGAUACGAAAUCACGCCAAAAAUGAUGGAUCAAGUAGGAAAAUACGGAAAUUAAACAGUAUUUCAUGACAAAAUUUCA